AUUGGGUGCAGCUCUUCCUGGAAUGAGUUGGGCAUAGCGAAUACCCUCUAUGGGGAUUGAUAAUAAGAAACCUGUCACACAGCUGCUCUGUUCUCACAUAAAUCUACCUAUUGUGUUACUGGAAUUGACAUAUUUCCCUGGAGGUGUCCAGGAAACUUAUGAAAUACAGAGCCAAUAAAAGCCUGCUGGUCCUUAAGACUGCCAGCCCCUUGCAAAGAUGGAGUUUGUAAGGAGGUUCAUCUAUUUGGCCCUUUUAAUUGCCUCCUGUUUGGCAGAGUUGAACUCAACGGAGACUGAAGGCAAAUCAAGCUGCCAGGUCAGUCUGGGAGGUGCCAAUCUGGCAGAGACCCACAAAGCCCUGAUUCUGCAACUCAAUCCCAAUGAGAACUGCACCUGGACAGUAGAAAGACCAGAAAACAAAAGCAUCCGAAUGAUAUUUUCCAACAUCCAGCUUGAUCCGGAUGGAGGAUGUGAAAGUGAAAACAUUAAAGUCUUUGAUGGAAACUCUACUAACGAGCCUCUUCUAGGGAAAGUCUGCAGUAAAAAUGACUUCGUUCCUGUAUUUGAAUCAUCAUCUAAUACGCUGACGUUUCAAAUAGUCACUGACUCUGCAAGAACUCAAAGAACCGUCUUUCUCUUCUACUACUACUUCUCUCCUGGUACCUCUAUUCCAGACUGUGGCGGUUACCUGGACACCUUGGAAGGAUCCUUUACCAGCCCCAAUUAUCCAAAGCCACAUCCUGAGCUGGCUUAUUGUGUGUGGCACAUACAAGUGGAGAAAGGUUAUAAGAUAAAAUUAAACUUCAAAGAGAUUUUCCUGGAAGUGGAUAACUACUGCAGAUUUGAUUUCAUUGCUGUCUAUGAUGGUCCCUCCACCAACUCUGGCCUGAUGGGACAAGUCUGUGGACGUGUGACACCCACCUUUGAAUCUUCGUCAGACUCUUUGACUGUCGUAUUAUCUACAGAUUAUGCCAAUUCCUACCGGGGCUUUUCUGCUUCCUAUACCUCAAUUUAUACAGAAAACAUCAACACUACAUCUUUGACUUGCUCUUCUGACAAGAUGAGAGUUAUCAUAAGUAAAUCCUACCUAGAGUCUUUUAACUAUAAUGAGGGUAACUUACAACUAAUUGAUCCAACUUGCAGACCAAAAGUAUCAAAUGUUGUGGAAUUUUCUAUCCCUCUUGGCAGUUGUGGUACCAUCAAAAAGGUAGAAGAUCAGUCAAUUACUUACACCAAUAUAAUCACCUUUUCUGAGUCCCCGACAUCUGCAGUGAUCACCCGUCAGAAGCAUCUCCAGAUUAUUAUGAAGUGUGAAAUGGAACAUAAUUCUACUGUGGAGAUGAUGUACAUAACAGAAGAUGAUGUCAUACAAAAUCAAAAUGCUCUGGGCAAAUAUAAUACAAGCAUGGCUCUUUUUGAAUCCAAUUCAUUUGAAAAGAUUAUUCUCGAAUCACCGUAUUAUGUGGAUUUGAACCAGACUCUUUUCGUUCAAGUCAGUCUACACACUUCAGAUCCAAAUUUGGUAGUGUUUCUUGAUACCUGUAAAGCUUCUCCCACCUCUGACUUUGCAUCUCCAACCUAUGACUUAAUCAAGAGUGGAUGCAGUCGAGAUGAGACUUGUAAGGUGUAUCCCUUAUUUGGACACUAUGGAAGAUUCCAGUUUAAUGCCUUUAAAUUCUUGAGAAGUCUGAGCUCUGUGUACCUGCAGUGUAAAGUUUUGAUAUGUGAUAGUAGUGACUCCCAGUCUCGCUGCAAUCAAGGUUGUGUCUCUAGAAGGAAACGAGACAUUUCAUCAUACAAGUGGAAGACUGAUUCCAUCAUAGGACCCAUUCGGCUGAAGAGAGAUCGAAGUGCAAGUGGUAAUUCAGAUCUUCGGCAUCAAACACAUGCAGAAGAAACUCAGAACCAGCCUUUCAACAGUUUGCAUCUAUUUUCAAUCAUGGUUCUAGCUCUGAAUGUAGUGAUCGUGGCCACAGUCACAGUGAGGCAUUUUUUAAAUCAACGGGCAGACUACAAAUACCAGAAGCUGCAGAACUAUUAGCUAAUGGGUCCAGUUCUAAGUGAGACAUGCUUUUCCAGGAUGCCAAAGGAAACGGUACCUUGUGGCUACACCAUUACGAAUAAAUGAGGAAAGGCCUGAAAGUGAUACACAGGCUUUCAUGUCACUGU